UCCUUUGGCACCUGACUGGCUUCAAACGAAAGAUGUCAGGCAGACAUGACUUGGAGAGGGUCAGCUUCUAGGGCCCAGAGGCCCACUUGCACACUUCACAUUUGCACGUCUCAAUGCUUAUGAGCAUCAGUGCACCAGCCCCUCUCUCCGGUCCCACAAAACCUAAGUUCCUCUCUGGUGUGCGAACAGCGCCGGCCACAAAGUGGUGGAAAAGCCGAGGAACGGCAAUGUUUGCUGGGACAGGAAGCCAAGCAGCGCCCUGAAAGCAGCUCCUUCCCCAGGUGACAGAUGUCCAGCGCCUGGGUUUCCAUCAUGCCCUUUACGGGCAUAUUUCCUGUCUCUACCUGGGCUGGAAUGAAGAAAGGACCCCCUCCGCUGGAACACAGAGGAAAAGGUGUAAGCUCAUAGACAAUCUUUAGACUGCAAGCACUUAAUGAAUUCUGCCCAGAAGAAAUCCCUGUGUCCAGCUUUCCAGCCUUUGGACAGGGAGUAGUUUCCCAGAAUCCACAGAAAGUCCUCAGAUCUCAUCAGUACAUUUUACUUGGAUGCAAUUUCCAACUGUCAGAGGAGCCUGGCCUGGGACCCUUCUCAGGUCAAUUUAGGAUUUGCAACUCAAAGCAUGAAACAAGCAUUACAUUUUAGGACCACCAGUGGAAACAAUUUCUGACGUGAUCAGUACAAAGAAAACCGGGCACUCAGCAGGACACAAGCAGGUGUUGCCUUCAGACACUCUCCUCUGGAGCAGCAGAAGUGGGACCUGGGCUUGGGAUCCCGCAUUCUAGCUGUCCUGGCAUUCGAGCCAUCCUGCGCUAACUCCCCGCCACUCUGCGGGUCUAGUUCACCCGACAGGCGCGGAUCAUGAGCAGCUGCAGGAGAAUGAAAACCGGAGAGGUGAUGAGGCCGAACCAGAGCUCCCGAGACUGCUCCACCAGCUUCUGGCAUAACAGCAUCUCAAAGACGAACUUGAGGCUAAGGACUGUGAGGACCCAGAAGAGGCGGAGCACGGCCAGCCGUUUCUCCCCGUCCUGGAAGAGACGCACAGACACGAUAGUGGUGAAGUAGGUGCUGAGCCCGUCAGCGGCGAAGAAAGGCACGAACACGUUCCACCAGGAGAGGCCGGGGGCCAGGCCGUCCACACGCAGCGCCAGCAGCACGGAGAACGCCAACAGGGCCAGCAGAUGCACGAAGAUCUCGAAGGUGGCGAAGCCCAGCCACUGGACCAGCUCCCGGAGCGAGAAGAGCAUCGCGCCGGUUGAGCAGGGGCGGGGGCCCGGGCCGCCGUCCAGCCGAGCGUUCCGGCCGCGGGGCUGCGUCUCCUCUCCUCGCGGACCUCGCCGGCGCCAGCCGCCGCUGCGAGCGAGAGGCCGCGAGCGGACCCGCCUGUCCCGACCCCCGGCCCCGGCGAACCGCCAAUCUCCCGACCCCGGCCCAGGACCCAGCACAGGCCCCCUGCGGACCGCCUUGCGCGGACGCCAUUCCCCGCUGGGCGCAGCCCUAGGACGUCACUUCCGGCCGUCGGCGGAAGUCGGAGCCGGCUGUUGCCGCCCGGGUUGCUGUGUGGUCUGUCUUCGCCCAGAGAGCCUCGCUGCGUCCCGGAUGCCGAGCCCCGGCCUUCUGGUGCUCUUCGGCAGCCAGACGGGCACGGCCCAAGAUGUGUCCGAGAGGCUGGGCCGCGAGGCCCGGCGCCGGCGGCUGCGCUGCCGGGUGCAGGCCCUCGACUCCUACCCGCUGGCGAAUCUGAUUAACGAGCCCCUGGUGAUAUUUGUUUGUGCAACUACAGGCCAAGGAGACCCCCCAGACAACAUGAAGAACUUCUGGAGGUUCAUUUUCCGGAAGAACCUGCCGUCAACCUCCCUGUGUCAGAUGGACUUUGCUGUUCUGGGCCUGGGGGACUCCUCAUACACCAAGUUCAACUUCGUGGCCAAGAAGCUGCACCGGCGGCUGCUGCAGCUCGGGGGCAGCGCCCUCCUGCCGGUGGGCCUGGGCGACGACCAGCACGAGCUGGGGCCUGACGCGGCUGUGGACCCCUGGCUGCAGGACCUGUGGGAGAAGGUGCUGAGGCUGCAACCGGUGCCCCGAGGCCUGGACGUGAUCCCGCCCGGAGUCCCCUUGCCCUCCAAGUUCAUCUUGCAGUUCCUGCAGGAGGCCCCCAGAACACACUUUGAGGACACACAGGCCAGGGAGGUCCCUCAGAGACCCCCCUCAGAACUGCAGCCUUUCCUGGCCCCCAUGGUCUCCAACCAGAGGGUCACGGGCCACUCGCACUUCCAGGACGUGCGGCUGAUUGAGUUUGACAUCACUGGCUCUGGGGUCAGCUUCACUGCCGGGGAUGUGGUGCUGAUCCAGCCUGAGAACGCAACUACUCACGUGCAGCAGUUUUGCCAGGUGCUGGGCCUGGCCCCUGAACAGUACUUCACACUGCAGCCACGAGAGCCAGAGAUCUCCUGCCCUGCGCAGCUGCCCCAGCCUUGCUGCAUGCAGCACCUCGUGUCCCGGUACCUAGACAUCGCCAGUGUGCCUCGCCGCUCCUUCUUUGAGCUUUUGGCUUGUCUUUCUCCAAACAAGCUGGAGCGGGAGAAGCUGCUAGAAUUCAGCUCUGCCCAAGGUCAGGAGGAGCUGUACGAGUACUGCAACCGGCCCCGCAGGACCAUCCUGGAGGUGCUCUGUGACUUCCCGCACACGGCAGGCGCCAUCCCCCCUGACUACCUGCUGGACCUUAUCCCACCGAUCCGGCCCCGUGCCUUCUCCAUCGCCUCCUCUCUGCUGGCUCACCCCUCGCGGCUGCAGGUGCUGGUGGCCGUGGUGCAGUACCGGACACGCCUCAAGGAGCCCCGCUGGGGCCUCUGCUCCUCCUGGCUGGCCUCCCUGGACCCUGGGCAAGGACCUGUCCAGGUCCCCCUGUGGGUGCGUCCAGGGGGGCUGGCUUUCCCGAAGACACUGGACACGCCUGUGAUCAUGGUGGGGCCCGGCACUGGUGUGGCCCCCUUCCGAGCGGCCAUCCAGGAGCGUGUGGCCCAGGGCCGGAUGGGAAACAUUCUGUUCUUCGGCUGCCGCCAGCGGGACCAGGAUUUCUACUGUGAGGCUGAGUGGCAGGAGCUGCAGGAGAGGGGUUGCCUGACCCUGGUCACAGCCUUCUCCAGGGACCAGGAGCAGAAGGUGUAUGUGCAGCACCGGCUCCGGCAGCACGGGCCGCUCAUCUGGGACCUGCUUCACCGCCAGGGCGCCUGCUUCUACCUUGCAGGCAAUGCCAAGUCCAUGCCGGCCGACGUCGCUGAAGCCCUGACAUCCGUCUUCCGGGAGGAAGGCGGGCUCCCAGCGCCAGACGCGGCCAGCUACCUCGCCGGGCUCCAGCGCAGCCGGCGUUUCCAGGCUGAGACCUGGGCCUGAGCGCACGCCCAGCUGCACGCCGCCCCCUGGGACGAACCUGGCCUCCCCACCAGGGCCUGGGCAGCCCCUCCCCUCCCCAGCCCCUCCACGGCCCCCACGGCUGACCGGGCGCACCCACCAGGGUUCCAGCUGGGCCCAGCUGCUGUCUGCUGUCCACAUCCUUGGGCCCUCCCUGGACAGCCCAGGACGGGUGGGGUGGGGCCUGGAGCACCCCCAAGGCGGCCGAGCCUGGAGUAUUGGUCAGGUCUGAGCCGCUCUCAUGGGGCCCUCACCAUCCCCUUCUGUCCCCAGCGGGCUGUGGGCAGUGCUGUCCCGGCCCCUUCCGCCCACACGUGGAGUGCCAGGGCCACCUGGGGGCACACACACCCAUGGGGUGUGGCAGCAGGUACCCUGAGCGCCCCCAGGGCAGCAGAGCAGCCAAACCGGCACCGUCCUGUCCUUUGCCGGGAACCGUGACAAUAAACGACAGUGUCUGGGCA